GCCUACUUUAUACAUCAACAAAUAAUAAUACAAUACUAACUUAAUAAUUCAUUUAAAUUUCAUACAGGUCGAAUACUUUUUUUCAUCCUCGACUGUUGCAUGUCUUGACUCGGUAAUUGCGGUCUGGUACCUUUUUUCAUUGUCAAAUAUAUCUAUCUGAAAGCGGCAGUUGACAUAUUUCCUCUUAAACAUGUGUAGGAUCAUACUUAAGUAUUAGGAGCUAAAGAUGUAAGGUACCACGAGUAAAAGUAGACGACUGUGUUUGGGUAGAUCAUUAAACUGUUAGGGGUAUAGAAACAGUAACCACACCUCCAACGGACAGUUUGUUGUCACAAUUUAUAAGCAAAUACAAAUAAGUGAUAUAACGGGCUUUAGGACCUCCGUUCGUAUGGGCGAUGUGCACGUGCAGCUUCUAGAAGGGCGCGCGCACGUCACGACACUAAACCUCCGAUGAAUGGGAGGAGGGAGGACCACGCAGUGUUACUAUUAGGAACCGGCUUCGGAGCAGCAGAUAAGAGUCUCCUGCUGAAGAUGAUGAGCCCGACAUUUGCAAUGAGGAGGCCAUGACGACAGGGACAGUUUAAACUGACCCUGGUCUGCCACAUGUGUGGAGGCCCUGCUGGGAGGAAGGAGCCAUGAUGAGCGGAAAGAGCCUCCUCCUGAAGGUGAUCCUGCUGGGGGACGGUGGCGUGGGCAAGUCCUCCCUCAUGAACCGCUACGUCACAGACCGCUUUGACUCCCAGUCCUUUCACACCAUUGGCGUGGAGUUCCUGAACCGGGACCUGGAGGUAGACGGGCGCCUGGUCACUCUUCAGAUCUGGGACACGGCCGGCCAGGAGCGCUUCAAGUCUCUGCGUACGCCCUUCUACCGAGGCGCCGACUGCUGUCUGCUCACAUUCGCUGUCAACGAUCUGCAGAGCUUCCAAAACCUUGGCUGCUGGAAGAAGGAGUUCAUGUACUACUCGGAUGUUAAAGACCCUGAGCGCUUCCCUUUUGUGGUACUGGGCAAUAAAAUCGACACGGCGCAGAGGGAGGUGGGAGAGGAUGAAGCCCGGGCCUGGUGCGAAGAGAACGGCUGCUGCCCGUACUUUCAGACCAGCGCCAAGGACGACACUAAUGUCACCGCGGCAUUCGAGGCGGCGGUCAGGGAGGUUCUGGCUGCGGAGGACCAGAUUCACCAUGCACUACUGAGUAGUACUAUUGAUCUCCAUGGCAACCGCAAAACCUCUCGUGCAUCUUGUUGCUGAUUGGUCGGGUCAGGUGUGACUCCACCUCGUCUUCACGUGUCUUGCUGAAACUCGCUUCUGGCAGUUUUGAAAGACCGAGAUGUAUUUUUAAUGUACUGAAGGUACUGAGCGCGGUAUCCCGGAGGAAUGUGGACCAGAUCCAGCUGCUCUGUGGACGUCUGCGCAGACAUUCAGCUGCAGACGCCUCGUUAGUGUGCUAAUCAAAGUACAGGCGGCCGCUACGGGCGGCCGAUGCUACAGGCCGAUGCUGCAGACCGAUGCUGCAGGCCGAUGCUACACGGCACCGCUACACGCCGAUGCUACAGGCCGAUGCUACACGGCACCGCUACAGGCCGAUGCUGCAGACCGAUGCUACAGGCCGAUGCUACAGGCCGAUGCUGCAGACCGAUGCUACACGGCACCGCUACAGGCCGAUGCUGCAGACCGAUGCUACAGGCCGAUGCUGCAGACCGAUGCUACACGCCGAUGCUACAGGCCGAUGCUACACGGCACCGCUACAGGCCGAUGCUACAGGCCGAUGCUGCAGGCCGAUGCUACAGACCGAUGCUACACGGCACCGCUACACGCCGAUGCUACAGGCCGAUGCUACACGGCACCGCUACAGGCCGAUGCUGCAGACCGAUGCUACAGGCCGAUGCUGCAGACCGAUGCUACAGG